AGGGCGGUCAGUGUCCAUGUGAUAAGCGCUCGGUCUCGGCAGCUUUUACCGCCUUGACCGACGACGAGCUCCAGACCAAAGGGGACGAGCCUAUCAGUGAUGAUAUGCGAUAAGCAAGCUUCUGUCAUCUUGAGGUUGCGGUGAUUUGAGCCUAUUCGUGAUUGAGCUGCUUUCCAGAUACGAGGCCAUGAGUUCGAGGAUGUCAAAAUGAAUUUCUUGUUCCCGAAUUUUGUUUGACGUCGCUCUUUCACCCCGGUGUUUAGCUCGGAAUUGCCCCGCAAGGGUAAGGCCGCUGCUCCCGAUAACCUUCUCGAUAGCGUGGAACUUGGGACGAGGGUCUGAGAACAUCGAAAAUGAGAAAGCCAUCUGACCGGAAUGAUCCUGAUGAGCGCGAUCAUUUGCUACGGCAUAUUUCAGAAACGUGUCAGACAAAGAAGACGGUGCCAAAAUGCGGAAGGUUGUCGCCGAAAUUUUUGACUUUUAUGGUUCUGCUUUUUGUUGUCCUUGUCGAAUUCCCUGGAAACCUUGCGCAAGCCCCACGAAUGCGUAUUAUAGAAUCUAUCAUCUGUAGAAAUUUUUAUGGCGAGCAUAAUCCCAGGCUGAUUGGAACCGGGCCACGAGGCGAAGUGGAUGAAAAGUUCUGCAAAAUCGACGAGAUUCAGAAGCAGUUUGCCUUGCUCAAAGGCAUGCAGGACUUCUUUGAUGCUUUGCCCGGCGCCUUUUUAAGUCUACCACUCGGCAUGAUAGCUGACAAGCACGGAAGAAAAUGGCUUCUAGUUGCGGCUUACAGCUCAUUAUGGUGUGCAUUUGUUUGGGUUUAUAUUGUCUGCGCAUUUCCAUCUUAUAUACCGAUCCAUUGGAUCUGGUUCUCUGGCGCAUUUAGCAUUCUCGGCGGAGGCAGCGCAUUUGCGUCUGCACUACUAUUUGUCGUGAUAGCAGAUUUUACCUCCGAUGCGCAGAGAGCAAACAGGUUCUUCUGCGUUUCAGCGGCCCUCCUGGCCACUGAUGUAAUUGCUUCUCCUCUUAGCUCAGUGUUAAUGCGACAUAAUCCGUGGAUUCCGAUUAGUAUUGCUGUGGUAAUUUUCGCCUUUGCAAUUCCAGCAUCUUUUAUCAUGCCGGAGACACUAGGAUACCAAAGGGAGCCAGAACAUGAGCAACCUGGAACGGAGCAAGAAGAUCAGCCAUUCUUUCCUUCGGAUAACACUUCCGAUAGCAAGAGUUCAAUGAAGCAGCAUAUCCUGGAUGCGUUCGUCUCGGCUCGAGCAACUCUUCGGGACUGGCGAGUAAUAUUGCUAGUAACAUCGUUUAUAUUCUUCAUGCAGGCCAUCGAAUCCGUUAGACUCUUGCUUUUAUAUGUUUCCAAGAGAUACGGCUGGCCGCUAGCGAAGACGGCUUUUAUUAAUUCAGCCCGCUCUAUUACCUGCCUCAUUGUUUUGUUGGUUGCCCUUCCCUCCAUCAGCGAGUAUCUGGUCGAGCGGAGAGGCUUUAGUCCUCAGGAAAAAGACCUGUGGCUCGCCCGUACAAGUGUCAUGAUCCAAGCCACCGGCCUAUUCGUAGAAGGCUUGGCUCCUAGGGCCGAUCUUAUGCUAGCAGGUACAAUAUUUGCUACCACUGCCGUCGGUGCCCCGCAUCUUAUUCGUAGCCUGGCGACUUCUUUGGUUGAGCCUCAUCAAGUGGGCCGUCUUUAUGCCAUUACGUCGGUUGUAUCAACUGUUAGUAUGAUGACCGCCGGACCCAUUUUGGCGGGGCUCUUUAAUCUAGGCAUCGACGCUGGCAGCGGCUGGCUUGGCUUGCCUUACUUUUACUGUGCCGUGCUAGGUUCUGUUUUCGCAAUUGGACUCUGGCUGGUAACCGUGAAGAAAGCAGAUGAAGACAGAGACACAGAGGAUAGCGGCUCGGAGAAUUUACCAGAAGCACCAACCUCUACAACUCUUGGAAGUCUCUCACAGUAAGCCAGAUUAUGAAGAAACGAAACAACAGGAGAUUUACGGCGCAGGGCGGGCAAGCAUUGCACAAUUGCUAUGUUUGGAAAAUAUGAUCGGUUCGAUAUCCCUCUUACCUUUGUUUACUCUCGUAGAGCGGGCUAACCAUAGCGCAGCUCUGACGAGGUAAGCUAUUCGGAGAUUUCAACACAUAGCUAGAGGUGUUCAUAAGGGCAUGUAUAAAUCUGGCCUUUCAUUAUUUUUUCUAAGUGAGGUCAAGGUCAUAUGGAUGACUGCCUUUCACUCCGACGAACUGAUGACCUCGGCGAUACAUUGCAACGCUACACGGAACAAGCAGCGGCGCGAACGGAAGAUAGUGCCCAG